GGCAGUCGGUGCGUCCGUGCGGAGCGCAGACGGGGAGGAUGCUGAUGUGCACAACCAGUUGCUCUCCGGCUGCAAAAGUGGAGCCUGCUCACACGCACAGACGGAUCAUCAACAUCCUCGACCUGUUGCCUCAGUGAGAAGAAAAGUAGAGCCGCACUGGGACCGGUGCCAAAACCUAGCAAAACCAAAAAAAAAAAAGAAGAAAGAAGUUAAUUUUUCGAGGACGAGGUGUAUCCAUGCAUUUGUUAUUAAUCUGCGUUUUGAACACCAAAGGGAAGAAGAGGUUUGGUUUUGUGGGGGUUCACCUCCACGGCGUGGACGUGGGCUUUGCGGUGAUCUCUGUCUCUGGGCUCUGAGGAGGAACACCAUGGUCGACCUGGAGAAGGAGGUGCUCCCACUGCCUCCUCGGUACCGGUUCCGAGACCUGUUGCUCGGGGACUGGCAGGCAGACGACAGGGUGCAAGUAGAGUUCUAUGUGAAUGAGAACACUUUCAAGGAGCGCCUCAAGCUGUUCUUCAUCAAAAACCAAAGAUCCAGUCUGCGAGUGCGAAUGUUUAACUUUUCUCUGAAAGUACUGAGCUGCCUCCUCUACAUUGUCAGAGUGCUUUUGGACAACCCACAAGAAGCGAGACAGGACUGUGUGAGUGGAGUGAACUGCACCAAACAAAAUUCAUCAUCUCGCAACUGGAGCGAGUUUGACUGGAAACUGAUCAUCUGGGUGGAGAGGCCACUACCACUCUGGGCGCUGCAGGUGCUGGUGGCAUUCAUCAGCUUUUCAGAGACUAUGCUGUUAGUGUAUCUCAGCUACAAGGGCAACGUUUGGGAGCAAGUAUUACGUGUCCCCUUCAUUCUGGAAAUGAUCAGCGCUGUUCCCUUCAUGAUCACUGUGAUAUUACCGUCCUUCAGAAAUCUCUUCAUUCCUGUUUUCCUCAACUGCUGGCUGGCCAAACACGCUCUGGAGAACAUGAUUAAUGAUCUCCACAGAGCCAUCCAGCGGACGCACUCGGCCAUGUUUAACCAGGUGGUGAUACUGAUCAGCACUCUGGUCUGUCUCAUGUUUACAUGCAUCUGUGGUAUCCAGCAUCUUGAACGAGCAGGCAACAAUCUGACCCUUUUUGACUCACUCUACUUCUGCGUGGUCACCUUCUCCACGGUGGGCUUUGGUGAUGUCACGCCCCAGAUCUGGCCCUCGCAACUCCUGGUGGUCAUCAUGAUCUUCGUGGCGCUCAUUGUGCUCCCCAUCCAGUUUGAGCAGCUGGCUUUUUUGUGGAUGGAACGGCAGAAGUCCGGGGGAAACUACAGCCGCUACAGAGCACAGACGGAGAAACACGUGGUGUUGUGCGUCAGCUGUCUGAAGAUCGACCUCCUCAUGGACUUCCUCAACGAGUUCUUUGCUCACCCCCGACUACAGGACUAUUAUGUGGUGAUACUGUGUCCUGCGGAGAUGGAUGUCCAGGUACGGAGGGUCCUUCACGUUCCUCUUUGGGCCCAAAGAGUCAUCUAUCUGCAGGGUUCUGCCCUCAAAGACCAAGACCUGAUGAGGGCCAAAAUGGACGAUGCUGAGGCCUGCUUCAUCCUGAGUAAUCGGUUCGAAGUGGACCGCAUUGCUGCUGAUCAUCAAACCAUCCUCCGUGCCUGGGCAGUCAAAGACUUUGCUCCAAAUUGCCCGUUGUACGUCCAGAUCCUCAAACCAGAGAACAAGUUCCACGUCAAAUUUGCAGAUCACGUGGUGUGUGAAGAAGAGUUUAAGUACGCCAUGUUGGCUUUAAACUGUGUGUGCCCCGGCACCUCGACACUCAUCACUCUACUGAUCCACUCCUCCAGAGGACAAACAGCUCCCCAAGAGGCCCUCAAACCACGUGUAGGAGCUUUUCAGGCCCUCAACAGGGAGUGCGGUGCAUGCUCGUCAGACCAAUGGCACCGGACGUAUCGGCGCUGCUCAGCCAAUGAGGUGCAUCACAUCCGCCUGGAAGAAAGUAAAUUCUUUGGGGAAUACCAAGGCAAGAGUUUCACCUUCGCCUCUUUUCAUGCACACAAAAAGUAUGGAGUGUGUUUGAUUGGCGUACGCAGACUGGACACCACCAACAUCUUGCUGAACCCUGGUCCCUGCCACAUCAUGGGGGCUUCUGACACAUGCUUUUACAUCAAUAUCUCCAAAGAGGAGAACUCAGCAUUUGUCAGGGGUCAGAGGGAGCCAUCUUGGGGUAGCACGGGAGGAAAUACCAGAGGGGUGCACCAAACCAUCUACCACGGACUCACCCGCCUGCCAGUCCACAGUAUCAUCGCCAGCAUGGGCACAGUAGCCAUCGACCUGCAGGACUCCAGCGACAGCAGCCCUGAGGGUCAGGACCCAGGGAGCACAGGGCUGAGCAGCGGCAGAGGAAGCAGGAACAGCUCCAGAACAGAGAUGGUUGGUGCUAACACUUUAGCAUUGCCUGCCAUGGCAGACUCAGCUGAGGAGAGGAGACAUAGCAUCGCGCCUGUCCUGGAGCUUGUGGACGGUGUCAGCCACCCCACCUUUGACCUUCUGGGAGACCAGUCAGAGGACGAAGGUGGAGAUGAGGGCAAGGAGGACAGCGACAGAGACGAGAGUGCCCACUGGUGGGGUCGACACUCGGAGUGGGUGAAGGGAUACCCGCUCAACUCUCCAUAUAUUGGCAGCUCUCCUGCACUGUGCCACCUACUGCAAGAAAAGAUGUCUUUCUGCUGUUUGCGCAUGGACAAGGCGUGCCACCACAUCCCUUUUGAAGACGCGCGCUCCUAUGGCUUCAAAAACAAGUUGAUCAUUGUAUCAGCAGAGAGCGCCGGGAACGGUUUGUACAAUUUCAUUGUGCCUCUCAGAGCCUAUUACCGGCCGAGGAAGGAGCUCAACCCCAUCGUGCUGCUUCUGGAGAGCAUACCUGAAGCAGACUUCCUGGAGGCAAUUUGUUGGUUCCCCAUGGUGUUCUACACAGUCGGCUCCAUCGACAAUCUGGAUAGUUUGCUGCGGUGCGGAGUAACGUUUGCCGACACCAUGGUGGUUGUUGACAAGGAGAGCUCCAUGAUUGCUGAGGAGGACUAUAUGGCUGACGCAAAGACAAUCGUAAACGUCCAGACACUCUUCAGACUGUUCCCAGCACUUAGUAUCAUCACGGAGCUUACGCACCCAGCGAACAUGCGCUUCAUGCAGUUCAAAGUCAAAGACCACUACUCUCUAGCUCUGUCCAAACUGGAGAAGAAGGAGAGAGAGAAGGGGUCCAAUCUUGUUUUCAUGUUCCGGUUGCCCUUUGCAGCAGGGAAGGUAUUCAGCGUUAGCAUGCUGGACACGCUCCUCUACCAGUCAUUUGUGAAAGACUACAUGAUCUCCAUCACCAGGCUGCUCCUGGGUCUGGACUCCAUGCCUGGUUCAGGUUUCCUCUGUGCUAUGAAAAUCACAGAGGACGACCUGUGGAUCCGGACUUACGGCAGACUUUACCAGAAACUGUGCUCCUCCACUGGAGACAUCCCUAUUGGCAUCUACCGAACAGAGGCACACAAGCUCCCUGUCUCUGAGUCCCAGGUGUCCAUCACAAUAGAAGACUACGAGGACACCAGGGAGCCCAGAGAACCCCUGCUGUCCCGGACGAGCACCCACCGUAACUCCACCUCCUCAGAGCCCAUCUCCUCUUCCUGCCACUCCACUGACCACCCGCUGCUCAGGAGAAAGAGUAUGCAGUGGGCACGACGCCUAAGCAGGAAGGGAGGUCGGGGUUCCAGCGGGUCCAAAGGGGGUCUGGGUAGUGCUGCAGAGAGGAUCAGCCAGCAGAGACUGAACCUGUUCCGGCGCUCCGAGAGGCAGGAACUCAAUGCUCUGGUGCGAACUCGGAUGAAACACUUGGGCCUGUCUCCCACUGGCUUCAACGGGAUGACGGAUCAAGGGAAUCGACUUUCUUACAUCCUAAUCAAUCCUUCUCCAGACACCAGACUGGAGCUCCACGAUGUGGUGUACCUAAUCAGACCAGACCCCCUCUCUCUGGUGCCCAAUCAGAGCAGUAGCAGGAAAUGCAGUGCCGGACACUCUGAGAGCUUCAGAUUCGAUAACCAGGACAGCACGCAACUGUGAGAAACAACAACAAUAAUAAAAAAAUACAUAUAAAAUAGACAAAUGUACUGUAACUGAAACAGUGGCAGAGAGAGGAGAAAACAACAUGUUCUUGACGGGAACAGGAAUGGAUUACCAGUGAAAUGGAAAA